UAUUGUACUUAAUCGACCGCCUGUUGUAAUUUGCUGUCUUUACAGUGGCUUACGCGGCCGCUGCUAGUUUCCUCCAACGUCUGUCAUGUGCUAGAAAAGAAAUGCGAAUGUUUUGGGCUUUAAUUUCAACGCUAGAUGUCUCAUUUGCCGAUUUAAAAUAGGGCGCGAGAUCACAUGCGCGAGUUUGGGAAAGUUUGAGGCACUCAUUUAGCAGUGCUUUCAGUUAUUGCUCGUUCUUAUGAAAUACACUUUCAGAGUAAUGAACACAUUUAAUCGGAUUUCUUAACGGAUUAAAAAAUCUGCCAGAAGUCUGGCAUUGAAGUCUCUGGAGGUAUGAAACUCAAAGGUUUAGGAGAAGAGUUGAAAAGGGGAUGAUUUGAGAUGCGUGGAUCCUCCCUGACGGCCAUGGCUACUGAAGUGUCCUGUCUGCGGCUUUCUGAAUGAGCGCUUUACGUCGUCAUGGGGACUCAGAGAAACGGCUACAGCAAACGAGAGACUUUCAUUCUCUCUGUCGACGUGGGAACAACCUCCAUCAGAUGCCAUGUGUACGACAAGAGCGCCAGUAUUAGAGGGUCCUGCUCCGCUAAGGUGUCCCUUCUGUAUCCUCAGCCUGGGUGGGUUGAGAUCGACCCUGAUGAACUGUGGGAAGGGUUCGUCACUGUUGUCAAAGGAGCAGUUCAAGACUCGGGCUUACAGAUGUGUCAAAUGGAGAGUCUUGGCAUCUCGACCCAAAGGGCAACAUUCAUGACCUGGGACAGAAACACAGGAAAACCGUUUCAUAAAUUCAUCACCUGGCAGGACAUGAGGGCAGCUGAGCUGGUGAGAUCCUGGAAUGGCUCCUGCACUAUGAAGACGGUACACGGCGUGAUGAAGAUGCUGCACUUCCUCAGCAGACAGAAGCGCUUCCUUGCAGCCAGUCUAGUAAUUUUUACCACGCAGCAUGUGUCCCUGCGCCUUGUAUGGGCUUUGAACAACAUCCCUCAGUUGCGGCAGGCAGUCGAAGAUGGCUCCUGUUAUUUCGGGACCAUAGACACCUGGCUGCUGUAUAAACUAACUAAAGGUCUGGUUCAUGCCACAGAUUACUCUAAUGCCAGUGCAACAGCAAUAUUUGAUUCCUAUCAGAUGUGUUGGAGUGGAUUUCUUUGCUCACUCCUCUCUAUACCUCUCUCCAUCCUCCCCAAAGUGCAGAACACCAGUCAUAAAUUCGGCUUGUGUGAUCCGUCCAUCUUUGGAGUGCCCAUCCCAAUCAUGUCUGUUAUGGCGGACCAACAAGCGGCCAUGUUUGGAGAGUGUUGUUUCGACACUGGUGAUGUGAAGAUCACCAUGGGCACGGGGACCUUUAUGGACAUCAAUACAGGAAGUAAACCGCACACGUCUGUAGCCGGCCUUUAUCCACUGGUGGGCUGGAAGAUCGGUGCUGAUGUUGUGUAUCUGGCAGAAGGUAAUGCUGCGGGAACAGGUGCUGCCAUCAAAUGGGCGCAAGAUCUAGAGCUCUUCUCUGAUGUGAAGGAGACUGAGGCCAUCGCCACAAGUGUGGAAGACUCAGAUGGAGUGUUUUUUGUGCCAUCUUUCAGUGGCUUACAGGCUCCCCUGAAUGAUCCGAAGGCAUGUGCCUCUUUCAUGGGCUUAAAACCUUCUACAACAAAGAGACACCUGGUCCGGGCUAUUCUGGAGUCUAUAGCUUUCAGGAACAAGCAGCUCUUUGAUGUCAUGCUUCGUGAAACACGUAUCCCCAUCACUAAAAUCAGGGCAGAUGGAGGCGUCUGCACCAAUGACUUCAUCAUGCAACUGACAGCUGAUCUGUUGGGACGCAAAAUCGCACGACCAAGCCAUUUCGACAUGUCCUGCCUUGGAGCUGCUUUUGUUGCAGGAUUAGGAACAGGCUACUGGAGGAACCAAGAAGAGCUGAAGAAGCUUUUGUCAACUGACCAACAUUUCCUUCCCAGACGGAGUAAAUCAGAAGGGGAGAAGGGAGGCUUGUACAGGGGAGUGCUGCAGAGCUGGGAGAAAGCCCUUCAGCGCUCCAUGCACUGGUACAACCAGCCCUGAUUCACCAAAAACACACACACACAUCCUGCAAACUCCAUCCUCACCACUGCAGAUUCUCUCAGUGUGACUCAGGGGAAAAUAAAACAACACUCUGAAUGAAUCCGAAAGGAUUCAUUUGGAAACUUGCAGAUCAACGGUUACAGUUUAUGAGUCAAUGAAUCAUAAGAGGUUAUACAGAGUUACAGCUGGUUUGUGCGAAUAUGAGUCCAGCGCUAUUAUGAUGACAAUUCCCACUUCAGAAUAAGACAGAUAUAUAGUAUUAUUUAGAUUUUGCCAAUCAAUAAUUCAGUCAUUAGGUGCCUUUAUGAGGUGCCUUUAUCUAACUACUGUUUAUAGAAUAUGAAGCAAUGAAUUUAAUGAACUCUCUUUGUGCCUUAUGGGAUAAUUCACCUAAAAAUUAACAUUAAAUGGCAGCCAUUAGUAGGAACAAAACAUGCUGUAAAGGUCAACGGCUGAUUUCUUCCCCAACAUUCUUCAAGUGAUCUUCUUUUGUGUUCAACAGAAUUAAGAAAUUCAGGUGUAGAACUAAUGGAUGAUGAAAAAAUGACAGAAUAAAAUUUUUUGGGUGAACUGUCCCUUUAAUGAGGUGCUUCUGUACUCUUCUCCUAUAAGGAGGCUUGUGAUUGUAUGUAUCUUAUGUCGUUUACAUAGAAAGGAAGGAAGUUAAACUACACUAAAGAAUUAAUGCACACUCUGCAUCCUUUAGUAUUGUAUGAUAAUUUAUAUAGCGUUCCUUAUGAUGCUAUUGUAAAUUGUACGUAAUUUUAGUUCAUGUUUUCUAAUUGCAGUUUUAGUGUUGGUGAUGUGUAAUAUCUGAUGUACCUCUUAAUACGAAGAAAAUGCUGCAAACUCGGAAACUUGUUACCUGAAGUGCUAUAUUUCCUCAUUUUUAUUUUCUUAGUAUAAAGCCAACCUGCUAUUUUUAUAUACAGAAAUGUGGCAGUGACGCAGUUUCACUUGAUUCUAUCAACAGUGGCCAAUGUUAUCAUGCACUCAACUGUAGUAAAUGAGUAACUGUGAACGUGUAAUAUAAGAAGCUGGUGUAUCUCAGAGAGGGAAUAAAUAUACUGAAUAUUUGUCAUGAAGAAAAAUGUAUUUUAUAGACUGACCUCUUAAUGUUAUGCCAUGUUUCAUGUCAGUUUGUCAAAUUAGUUUUAAUAAAUUUUUAAUUUUACCA